GGGAUUCGGUGGAAGAAUUACAUCGGGCAGGUGUUGAAAUGCAGUUACAAAGCCGGUAAUUUAGAAGUGAACUGUUUGUUAUUUUUUAAUCCACGAGGAGGAGCUGGAGCUGCUGAGAGGCGUGGUUCUCUGUGUGCUGGUUUUGCGGUUUGAGAGAGAGAGAGAGAGGAAGAAAGAGAGAGAGAGUGUGUGUUUGGAGCAGCUCACAGUCUGCUUCAGUGUUGCUGCUUCGCUGGGUUACAUCGUUGCGAUACAUUAUCUCCCGCUCACCUAGAUCCGGGCCACGUUCCAUUCUCUCCACUUCUCGCGGCAGCCGCCUUCGGGGUGCAACCUUCCUUCCUACCGGAUCUCCUCAACUGUGAGACAUUCAAGAUAAAGUGCCUCUACCCACCAGCUGUCUGUUACUGUGGGAUCCGAAGGCAAGCAGCAACUCUGGCACUAUCUCGUCGUGCCAUGGACCCAGACCACCUCCUCCAUCAGGCUAUCAGCAGAGAGCAGAGUCCACCCGACUGAAGUCCUGUCACCCCUUUGUUCCACGUGGAAAACAACUCCUAGCAUCCAUCCAGCCAGCCAGCUGAGACAAAAGCACACUGGAUAGCCACCAAGUGAUCAUUGGAGUGGAAGACAACCUCAUCUCCAUUACACAGCUACGUCUCAUCACCAGAUAAAAGCUGUCCAGGGUCUGACCCCCCCAGAGGAGCAUAGCUGAAGCUCAACAGACUUCAUACUGGAGUUGGGCGUUUCAAUGCCAGUAUGUGGAGAUGGGGGCUCCGCCAGAGCCCAGGCUGUGAAUGCGGAGCAGAACAACAGGCAGCCAACCAUGUCAUCUCUGAGUGCCCGCUCUACCACCCACCAAAUGAAGCUCAGGGCCUGGCAGACAUUGAUGCAGAGACAACAACCUGGCUGCCAACACCCAGCUUGAGAUCUAACUGGUUUAUUUAUGUUUCAUUCGCAAGAAGAAGAUGUUCUGAACAGUUGAUUUUGAUCAUUGCCUGGAGUUGUGUAUAAAAGAGCAGACAAGUCUUCCACGUCUCACAGUCAGCUUCAAAUAAAAAAGAACCAGCAGAGCAGAUUAAUACAAACUUGUGUCUAGUGGCCCUUUGUACAAAGACUGGCUUUAAAGAGAACCUAGUGUUGUUUAAUGAGCUGUAAGAUGAGGCCCUAGGCCCAUGAGACUCUUCCUCUCUCCAGUCUGCUUGAUGUGCACAAUUCAAUACAGCGCAUUUGGAGUUGCUGAAUUCAGAUUCCAAGACGGCUACUGGAGAAAGGCCAUCGAACAUGCCUACAGAAAUGCUACAAGCAGAUAGCAUGGUCAAACCAGUUGGUUCGACCACCACUUUCACUUCAGCCGUUCCCCUCCGUAUACUAAAUAAAGGGCCAGACUAUUUUCGAAGGCAGGCGGAGCCCAACCCCAAAAGACUCAGUGCGGUUGAACGGCUGGAAGCUGAUAAAGCAAAAUACGUUAAGAGCCAAGAGGUCAUCAAUGCCAAGCAGGAGCCGGUGAAGCCGGCUGUGCUGGCAAAGCCACCAGUCUGCCCAGCUGUCCGGCGGGCAACCGGGACCCCUCUGCAGAAGCUGACCAACAAUCACAAGGCAGACAGCACUGCUAAAAGAGAGAAUAUAAAUUUGGAAAUACUGAAAAACAUAAUCAACAGUCCAGAGAGUUCUACCUCGGGCUCAGUACAUAAGCACACCACACGGAACUGGCCCCAGCACAGACCGGCCUCCACAGAAAUUAGUCGGCGUACGUUUGCGGAAACUAUUCGGGUGUACAGUAACCAAGGCAGUCCGCAGGGAGGCAAUCUGAACAUAACCAAAAGAUUGUUUGAAGACCAAGUCAGUGAUUCAGCCCUGCAUAUUUCUCGCAGUUCGGCCGAUGUGAGAAGAGUGGUGGAAGGGAGGCCUCUGAAACCAAUACCCAGCAGCAGUUCUGCCCCUCCCGUUCUACCCAAGCCGAAUAUUCCAACCUGUAAUAUACCCAAGUCACCGCCACAAACCACCCCGGACUUGACAGUCAAUCCAAGCAGGCGGCCAUCACUCCACCGCUCCAAGUCUGACCUUAGUGAUCGAUAUGCCCGUGCUAAUGCUGAUGUAGAGAGGUUCUUUAACUACUGUGGGCUGGAUCCUGAAGAACUUGAAAACAUUGGCAUGGAGAACUUCACACGGGCAAACUCGGACAUAAUCUCCCUGAACUUUCGUAGUGCAAGCAUGAUCAGUUCGGAUUGUGAGCAGUCACGAAGGAGCAAUGAUGAUCUGACAGAUGAUGAAGAAACAAAUGAUCGAGUCCCUUAUGGUAUUUCAGCCGUAGAAAGGAAUGCUAGAGUGAUUAAAUGGUUAUAUAGUUGCAAACAAGCUAAGGAAUCCCAGAAAAUAUCUCAUGUUUAAGCAAAGGACACAAACUAUGAGUGACUCAUUUUUUUGUAUUUUUAUUUUGACUGUGAACCUUUUGUUGUGAAGUCUACUGGAACAUUUCUUGCAGAUCUUGAGUUCCACUGUGAUGCUAGUUUGUGUAUGUUCCCAUUGCAUGCUUAUCGAUUUAAGAUCAGAAGUGGCCUCUAUCUCAAAACAUAUGAAGACACGGACAUGGGUGUUUCCACUGUAUUAGAAAUGUAACUGCGUUUGUACCAGCUAGCAAGAGCACGAGGUACUAUGUACACAUUUCAUCGCACAUUUCAACCGAUUAUAUACAAGGACAAAUGGCCUUGUUGCAGGUUUUCUAUACAUAAAUAAAUGUAAUCGGGACAGAAAAGAUAAAUUAUCUGUCUGAAACAUUGCAAGGGUAGUCACAUUAACUCUUCUCAAUCUGGAAGCGCAUGUUACAGCCCAUAUAACCUCUAAUGCUGGCGACUUGGCUAUAAAGCUGUCCAGUUUAAUGCAACAGCAUGGUACAGCUCUAACAAUCCAUGUCUUCCAAAGCUGCUUCAACUGCCCUUCUAAUUGUCUGCUGUAAUGUGCUGAGAAGUGAAAAGUACAGCAGGUGACCUCAUUAAAUAGUUCAUUGUUGCUUUUCAAUAUACUGCAGUGCUGCACUUCAUUUCAUAAAGAGAUUGGUAUCUCGGCUGUUGGGAAACCAGAUUUUUUUUUGUAUUAAAAAUGCUGUAUAGGUUUGUAUAUACUUCAAAGCUGUUAUCAGAUCUGUAAAGAAGAGUCUGCUAUAAUAAUAAACAGUUUCCAAUUCAUUCAUCA